GGGUAACCAAAAAAUAAAUAAAUCGGGCAUGACGUACACUGCAGAGAUUCUUAUGCAGUCAAUACUAUUUCGAGAAUAGAGACCGAAGGUACGACGACGAUGGACGACUCCAAGGCGCUCGGAACUUUCAACCCUAGUAGCGAUGGAGCAAAAGCAAAGAAGCCGAAGGUGGUAGUGAUAAUGGGUCCCACUGGCUCUGGGAAGUCCAAGCUUGCCAUUGAUUUGGCUUCCCACUUCCCGGUCGAAGCUAUCAACGCUGAUUCCAUGCAGGUUUACCGAGGCCUGGAUGUUCUCACCAACAAAGUUCCGCUCUCCGACCAAAAGGGGGUGCCUCACCAUCUUCUGGGUACUGUAAGUCCAAACGUUGAAUUUACAGCUAAAGACUUUCGAGAUUCUGCUAUCCCUCUCAUCAAUGACAUCUGUGCUCGCAACUGCUUGCCCGUCAUAGUUGGGGGCACGAAUUAUUACAUCCAGGCUCUUGUGAGUCCGUUCCUUCUAGAUGAGUCAGUUGAAGAUAUGGAUGAAACCUUUAUGGACAACCUUUCCGGUACUAGACCAUUGGAUAAGUAUUUCAUCCCUGAAAAGGACAGUUCAGACAAUAAUUAUGAAUUGCUUAAAGAUGUUGAUCCAGUUGCAGCAAAUAGAAUGCAUCCAAAUAACCAUAGAAAGAUUAGUCAAUACCUUAGCUUGUAUGCUCGCACUGGAGUUCUUCCUAGCAAAAUUUUCCAAGGAAAAGCUGCAGAGAAGUGGGGUCAAGUUGGUAACUUGAGAUAUGAUUGCUGUUUUAUAUGUGUGGAUGCAUCUCUUCCUGUACUGGAUAGAUAUGUAGAACAGAGGGUAGAUUGCAUGAUGGAUGCUGGAUUACUUAAUGAAGUCUAUGACAUUUACAAUCCAAAUGCUGAUUAUAGUCGUGGCUUGCGGCAAGCCAUUGGUGUCCGUGAAUUUGAGCCUCUUCUGGGAACCCUUGUAUUUGAAGAAAUCUACAAAAGAGAGAAAGAAUCGUCCGAGGAUUCCAGGAGAGAAAAGUGUGAUAAAUUGUCUGAUGAUGAUCUGAGGGGUCUCUUGAAGUUGUCUUCUGACACAAAAGCCAUUACACUUAGGGAAGAAGCAAUUGAAAAAGUAAAGGUUAACACACAGAGACUAGUUCGCCGUCAGAAGAGGAUGCUUAAUCGACUGCAAAAAUUGUUUGAUUGGAAUAUUCACUACGUGGAUUCCACAGAAUCAUUAUCAAGUAAAUCAGAUGAUAUAUGGACUGGCCAAGUGGUAGAACCUGCGGUGAAGAUCGUUAGAUCUUUCCUUGGCCAGAAUGAGAACUUGUCAUCCACGUCAGGGACGUCGAAUAGCGGUGGGAUGAAGAUGGUUGAAAGGGACCUCUGGACUCAAUACAUAUGCAAGGCCUGUGGGGAUAGGGUGCUUAGAGGGAUUCAUGAGUGGGAACAACACAAACAGGGACGUGGACACCGGAAACGUAUUUCUAGCCUCAAGAACAAAUCACGAGGCCUCUGUUCGGCGGAACAAUAGCGGCAAUAUUCUAUAGUUCGCAUCGUUUCGUUUCGGUGUGUUAUUUGUUGCUGAUACCUUUUCACUUUUCGUCCGCAUCUAAGUGGAACCUUCGCUUCAUUUCUCA